CACCGGGCCCCGCUCCAUCGCUCUCCUGAACAGCCAGAGGAAACACCAUCACAGGGCUGACCGCACCCGCCGACCGCAACCAUGAACGGCACAGAGGGACCCUUCUUCUACGUCCCUAUGGUGAACACCACCGGCGUCGUCCGGAGUCCCUAUGAAUACCCUCAGUACUACCUUGUGAACCCAGCGGCCUACGCUGCCCUGGGCGCCUACAUGUUCCUGCUCAUCCUUCUGGGCUUCCCCAUCAACUUCCUCACUCUAUACGUCACCAUCGAACACAAGAAGCUGCGAACCCCUCUAAACUACGUCCUGCUGAACCUGGCGGUCGCUAACCUCUUCAUGGUGUUUGGAGGAUUCACCACGACCAUGUACACGUCCAUGCACGGCUACUUCGUGCUGGGGCGCCUCGGCUGCAACCUGGAAGGGUUCUUCGCCACGCUCGGCGGCGAGAUGUCGCUGUGGUCGCUGGUGGCGCUGGCGAUUGAGCGGUGGCUGGUGGUCUGCAAGCCCAUCAGCAACUUCCGCUUCGGGGAGAAUCACGCCAUCAUCGGCCUGGUGUUCACCUGGAUCAUGGCCUGCUCCUGUGCCGUGCCCCCCCUCAUCGGCUGGUCCCGCUACAUCCCCGAGGGCAUGCAGUGCUCGUGCGGAGUCGACUACUACACUCGCGCCGAGGGUUUCAACAACGAGUCCUUCGUCAUCUACAUGUUCUGCUGCCACUUCCUGAUUCCCCUCAUUAUUAUCUUCUUCUGCUACGGCCGCCUGCUGUGCGCCGUCAAGGAGGCGGCUGCCGCCCAGCAGGAGUCUGAGACCACCCAGAGGGCCGAGAGGGAGGUCACCCGCAUGGUUGUGAUCAUGGUGGUCUUCUUCCACAUUUGCUGGCUGCCCUAUGCUGGCGUGGCCUGGCACAUCUUCACCCACCAGGGCUCUGAGUUCGGCCCACUCUUCAUGACCGUGCCGGCCUUCUUUGCUAAGAGUUCUGCCAUAUACAACCCUCUGAUCUACAUCUGCAUGAACAAGCAGUUCCGCCACUGCAUGGCCACCACCUUGUGCUGCGGCAAGAACCCCUUCGAGGAGGAGGAAGGAUCCACCACUGCCUCCAAGACCGAGGCCUCCUCUGUGUCCUCCAGCUCCGUCUCUCCUGCAUAAACGGGUCAAGAAAAGCUCCGUGAUCCACCAUCCAAGAAGAAGACUUCUCCUCCAAUGUCUACGGAAAUAACUUCCUUUUUUGUAUUUUUACAAACGAGUUGGUUCAACCUAAAGACAGUUACAGGACGCGUCGGCCCAUUCCAGAGUUGUUCCUGUGUGUACAGAAAAUCCAACUUUACAAUCUGUGAGAGAUUUUUUUCCUGAGCGAAAGAGGGAAAAAGUUCAUCCUUGACAGUUGGAUCUUACAUGAUACUGGCUUAUUUUUGAAUGUAGAGGCAUGUAAUCAAGGCAACGUAAAAUAAAACGCACUUUGCAAAUGACUAACCCUGUUUAUGUUUUACUUAUAAUUGGACGACACAGGUCCAUAGUAUAUUUAUAGAAAUGAAUAAAUGUGAAUGACAUUCACAAUGCGA